AUGGCUUCAACGGCUACCUCUCAGACCGAGCCUACGUCUUCUGGGUAUUCCAAAACCGCACGGCGGCAAUACCAGAGUUGCGAUCAAUGCCGCAAAAGCAGGCGAGCCUGCGAUGCUGGAACACUGAGAGUGGUCAACUUCCCCUUCGCCGAGGACGACACUGUCUCGGCUACGUUUCCUACUUGUGAAGCAUGUUCCAACUGUGCGAAGAGCGGGAAGAAGUGUUCUUUUGACUGGCUUCGUACUCUUCCGCUACAUGGCCUUCCGAAGGGCAUCAAGAGGAAGCUCGAGUUGACCGGCUUUCCAGAGCCGGCCGACGCUCGAUCCAAUCCAGCAUCUGAGACGCAUAUUCGUCCAUCGCUUAUCGCUUCUCCUUCUCUUCCACGGGACUCCUCAUCAUCGUCGAUUGAGUCGAUACCGGCGUUUAUUCCUGAGUCCAACGAGAAUGUCGAGGGCCAGUCCCUGGCGCACGCGAAGUACACGCAUUCGCCGUACUCCAGUUUCGGUCAUGAGACAACUGUUUACAAUCCGUCUCCCAACGUUCCUGAUAUUUACCUCACACCCAAUGCUGCUCCCAAUGGGCCUUCUCCCACCUCCCAGAAGACAGCAAACAUUUCUCCUCAUGCUCUGUCUGUAUCGACCAAACCCAGCAUCCGAUGGAGCGUUCCUACUUUCAACCGCUACGACACGUCAUCUUCCUCUGCAAGCUCCAGGUCCCUCGAUUCUAGAACCACGACGUUCAGUUCCCAGGCCGCUCGCAGUGCGUCUUCAAUCUGCUCAGAUUCAAGUCGCGAACAGGAAAGCGCAGACACGUCCUCACCAAAGCAAGUCAGAUGUAUCGCUCAGCCUGGACGAACAUGCGAUCCUCUCCCCAAGAAGACAUCCUCAUCAGCAUUGCCACCCAGCACCUCACCCGCAUCGGCAGCCAUUGCCACAGCAUCAAGACGUCCUUCAAUUAGUUCCGCGCUGCCUACGAACGGACGUUCGACUCCAUUAUCACCACACCAAGUACGGUUUGCUGAUGGGGCCAUGAAGAGCAUGAUCGCAACCGGUCUACUUCGCAUCUACCACGACAGCUUCGAGAACGCAUUGUCAUGUUGGGUGACUGAACGGAAUUGUCCUUACGAGACUGAACUUCAUGACCUGAUUGCCCAACCAAACGAUUGUUCAGCAGCUGACGAAGCGGCUUUCCGACUGGGUGACAACCGGAUCUUUUCCCGGGUUUCUCGACUGGACUCGGCCUUUGCCCAGCUACGAGGACGAGAUCUGACCAUGGUAGAGAACCGGACUGCUUCCAAGGCCCUGAACGCUGCCAUCAUGGCUUUUGCCAGUCAAUGGUCGCACAGCUCACACAACAGUUUUUGGAAGAGCAAAGAGGGCAGGACGCAAAUGAAGGCUUGGCAGAGCAGGUCGAGGAACGAAGUGCCAGACUCGGCCGCUGGAACGUCGGACCCUAUCCUGUCGAGUGAAUGCGAACGGCUGAUCCAGAAGACACUAUGGCAUGAAGCGCGCACAGCCAUUCAGGCCACCACGGAGAUCGAUUCGUUCAAAGUCAUACUCGCACACAUGAUCUUUGCGCUUACACAAAGACCUCUUGAUGACGGACCCCGAUCGCCGAAGCCUCCGGAUUCAACCAAAGUGCCAGAUGGCAAUACCGGCGGUGGUCGAGCCAGUCACGGGGGCCCUUCAGCAGACGGGGGAUAUGCACAAUCCGUUGAUUUACUCGUCAACGAGGAUUGGGACCCGUUCUCCACCAGCGACCUUGAAACGAUAUCCUCGCCUGCUGUGUAUCUCGAGACCGCGGUGCGCAAUCUAUUCUCCUGGAGACGCAAGAUCGAACGACAUCGAAGGAAACGGAUGCGGUCAUGCAGAACCCAAGCUGGCGAUCCACCACGCUCCCGACCAUUGGGCGCAGUGGCCGUGAGGGACCAACAGACGUUCAACAUUCUAUUCUGGCUUGGGAUAAUGUGCGACACGACUUCGUCGGCCAUCACUAAGCGGCCUCUGAUCAUUCCUGACGAGGACUGCGCCAUGAUUCGAGACAAGAUGCAUGGGGUGGUACACGAUGGCCAACACGCAAACAACAAUGAGACCACCUCGGCUUCGAACCGAGGCAGUAUUGACCUCAGCGAUGACUUUGGGCUCGGACUCGGACUCGGCAUCAACGUCAACGCUGGUCAUGGUGUCAAUGUCGGUGUUCUCGAUGCAGAAGGCUCGAUUGCAUCCACGGAGCACUGUCACCCCAACGGCCCGUCUCCCACUGACAACGAUCUCUGGGGCGACUACCUGCUAAAAUUCAACUGGGCCGGCCCGCGCCCAACCCCACCGCGCUGGCCCUGCACGUUUGACCAAGCGGCGCUCGUGCUACAAGAAGCCAUCCCGGUCAAAGUGCUCCUGUACCGCAAAGUCAGCCAGCUCCAAACGCUGGCCUACCGCCGCAGCCCGGCCCAUCUACUGGAGAAGUGCAUCGAGGAAGCGCUCGCCGUGUACCAACACUGGAAUUCGACAUAUCAACCAUUCAUGCGCGACUGUGUGCACAUGCACGACCAACUCCCUGCGCGCGUGCAGUCGUGGUACGUGAUCCUCGACGGCCACUGGCAUUACGGAUGCCUGUUGCUCGCGGACGCCAUUGCCCAGGUGGAUCAAGACCAGCAGACGAUGGCGCCGCAGCGGACCUUGCGCGCGCGGUGUGGCUUGAUUGGCGAGCUGAGACGCGACAAUGCCACUGCGGUGGCGGACAUUGCGCGCGCCUCGCUGGCGGAACAUGCCCCUGAGGUUCCGGACAAUGCCGAUUUUUCAUUCGCCUGUAACGGUAGUGCGAUUCUCACGGAACCGUGGACCGAUGUUCUUGUUCGGGCGAUGGGGAGUGCUUGUCAGGUUUUUAUGGAUGGUCUGGCUCGAUGGGAUGACAGGGCUCUCGAUCGUGGGUUUGGCACGACCAGAGAAGCAUCUUCGAAUGGUGACUGGGUCAUGGGUGGUACAGGUGGAGGUGGAGGUGGAGGUGGUGGGGGUAGGUCGGGUGAUGUCGACUACGACGACUCGAUCGCAAAAGCCGAGAUCUGUAUUCAAGGCAUGGUCCUCCUGGGACGGAAGUCUGACGCGGCCAACCGCACGGCCGAGAUCUUUUGGGCGAGGCUGAACAAGGUUGUUUCUGCUGGACGACGGUCGAUGCCACGAGAGGACUAUGUUCAGCAGGGGAAACAGCCUUCGAGCCUCAGAGAAGAUCUAGUGGCAGGACUGGACUUGAAUUUCUUGUCUACGCCACAUUCGAUCCGGUGUUAA